AUGUCAUCCUUACUUCAGAACGUCUUGGCCUCACGCCUAGCUCAAGCUACCUUGGGAACGGAUGAAAAUGGAAACAUUGUUGUGAAAGAUUCACAAUCACAAUCACAAUCACAAUCGAUAGAUGAUUGGGAAAAAGUGGAAGGUGAAGAGAUAACAAGUGAUGAUGAAUUGGUUAAUGUUGUCUCUUUACCCGGAACUGUGCCGGGUACGCCACAUAUCAGUAGACCUCCUUCGCCUGGUGGAAUGACAAGAUCAACGCCUUCCAAACGAUCAACACUUGGUAAAUCGAUAGGGACUGGUAUCGCACGCAAGAGUAAAACUGAUCCACUCCGAACGCUGCCAAAAGAGGUUUCUCAGCGUAUCUUCCUUUCGUUACCGGUUUCCAGUUUGAUCUCUCUUUCGCAAGUUAAUAAGCGAUACAGACGGAGUGCAACAUUGAACUAUUGUUGGUACAGACAAUGCAACAAAGGUACAAUGGUUGAGGAGCAGGCUGAUGAUCUUGCUUCUGGUGGUGCAAAAUGGACAAGAAGGGCAAGUAAGAUGGAUUGGAAAACGCAAUAUGCAAAACAAAGAAAGAUGGAAGCAAAAGAACAACAACGUUUAGAAUCAUUACCAGGAAGCGGAGCAGUAACACCGAGUAGAACGCAAAGGUUACGUGAUGAAGGUAUCAAGACCGCUUCUGAACAAAGACAAGAUGAAUGGCGUGAACAGGAGCAGCAAGGGUACACGAAAGAAGAGAUGCGCGAUUGGUACAAAGAACAAGGCGGCACCAAAGGUGGAAAAUUGAAAGGCAAACGUGGAAAGGGUGGCCAGAAAACAGGUGCAAAUGACGGCAGUCUUUGGGACUAAAGCGGU